GCCACCCCCCCCCUCCUUCCAACCACCCCCACAGGGACCCUAUGGCCGACAGCAACGCUGCAACCCCCUGGGGCCCCGGCAACGGCACCCAACCCUGCCGCCCUGUGCCAAGGAUCCACACCUUUGGAAAGGGGGAGCAGGCAAUGAGGAGAGACCCCCACAUCCCCCCCACCAUGCGGGGCUGGCUGCACAAGCAGGACAGCUCAGGGCUGAGGCUCUGGAAGCGGCGCUGGUUUGUGCUGGUUGAUCUCUGCCUCUACUACUACAGGGACAGCAGCGAGCAGCGAGUACGGGGGGGACUCCCCCUACCUGGCUACAGGAUCCGCGUCCUGGCCCCCAGCACCGGCAGCCCUCGCUUCCUCUUCACGGUCGAGCAUCCCGGGAUGCGGAGCUACGUGCUGGGGGCUGACAGCCCUGAGGAGCUGGGGGCCUGGAUGUGCAGUUUGCGGCACUCUGCCUCACCCCUGGGGGGCCCGGCCCCGCCCCGCCCAGCGCUCCCGAGCACGCCCGCCCCGGAGGAAGCCCCGCCUCACGGCCAGCUCCGCCCCUCCGUGGCAACGACCAAUCAGCAGCUGACGCCGCCGGCCGUAGGAGGGCUUAGGGAUGCAAAAGAAGGCACCGUAACCAAUCAAGAAUCGACUUUUCCAAGGGAGACCUCUGAUUGGCUGCUGGCAUCUGGAGGCACGGCCGCGCAGGCGGCAGCCAAUGAGAUCUCUAUGUGGCCGUGGGAACAAAGCAUUGUGGGUAGCCGGGGGCUCGAGGACGGAAGAGAAGGCGUGGCCAACGGAUCGGCGCGGCAGCCAAUCAGAAUCACCCUGCUGCACGCCAGCUUUUGAGGGCGGGGCCAGCGCGGUGCCACGCCCGAUGAGGGGCAGAGUCCGAUUGUGGGCGUGGCUAUAUUUAACCACGCCCCAAGGCGCCCCGCC